AUGGAAGCAAUCCUGGCUAAUCCUUGGUGGGCGGGCCAGGUUGGCCUGCCAGGCCUUGACCCUUCAUCCAAUUCACCUUCUCUAAACAAAAUGAAUCGUGAGCUCUCCAUCAAUGAAACCAGCAACAGAAACGGUGGCAGGGGCGAUGAUGAUGACGAUGACGAUGAUGAUAGAGAUACUGGCGAUGAGCCUAAAGAGGGUGCUGUUGAGAUUGGUAACCGAAGACCUAGAGGCCGGCCUCCCGGAUCAAAAAACAAACCCAAACCGCCAAUUUUUGUGACUCGGGACAGCCCUAAUGCCCUCCGUAGCCAUGUCAUGGAAAUUGCUGGUGGUGCUGAUGUAGCUGAGAGUGUGGCACAGUUUGCUCGGAGGCGUCAACGGGGAGUUUGUGUUCUUAGUGGCAGUGGCUCCGUUGCCAACGUAACCCUAAGACAACCGGCAGCACCCGGUGCUGUAGUCGCACUUCAUGGUAGGUUUGAGAUUUUGUCCCUAACUGGGGCAUUUUUGCCGGGACCGGCUCCACCUGGUUCUACUGGACUGACUGUGUACCUUGCCGGUGGACAAGGGCAGGUUGUAGGAGGAAGUGUGGUUGGAUCACUGAUCGCAGCAGGGCCGGUUAUGGUCAUCGCCGCAACAUUUGCUAAUGCCACUUAUGAGAGAUUACCAUUAGAGGACGAUGAGGAAGCUGGAAGUGGUGGUCAGGGACAAAUCCAAAGCGGAGCUAAUAAUUCACCGCCAGCGAUCGGAAGCAGUGGACAACAAGCUGGAUUGCCUGAUCCCUCAGCUAUGCCUGUCUAUAAUCUGCCGCCAAAUCUAAUCCCAAGUAACCCUCAAUUAGGGCAUGAUGCCUAUGCUUGGGCUCAUGCUGCCAGACCUCCUUUCUAA